GUCUGGUUGUUCCCACUUCUCUUGUACAGGUGUUUGUCCAGAGAUGUGUUUCUAGAGAUGAAUGUAGAGCGUUGGGCCAGAUGCAGUCUUGUUUGUGCUCAGCUCGCUGUGCUAACGCCUCCUUCCUCCUCGUGGUUUUAACAGGAUGUUUUCAGCCAGCAGUCGGUCAGUGAAGCUCCUGAAGAUGGUUCAGCUCCUGCUCUGAUCCUUUCAGGCGGUCAGUGAAACUCGACGAUGAUUCUGCUCCUCCUCUUGAUGAUGAGAUGCUGUCGGACGUCCAGUAAUGCCUCCAUGGUGGUGGAACCCAGCCGGAGUCAGUUCUUCGAGUACGAGAAGUUCUCUCUGAGCUGUGAGCAGUUCGGCUCCAGGGACUGGACGGUUAGGAGAUACACCAUCAGUGGGUGGGAGUUGUCCCAGUGUGGUGGAGUCUGGGGCAGCCCGAAGUCCUCCACCUGUUACAUGAACACAGUUAAGGCGUCCAACACUGGAGUUUACUGGUGUGAAUCUAAAAACGGAGACAGCAGCGAUGGCGUCAACAUCACCAUCACCGAGAAACCAGUGAUCCUGCAAAGUCCUGCCCUGCCGGUGAAGGAGGGAGGAAACGUCACUCUGGGCUGCAGGACGAAGGGAACCUCCAGUCUAGAGGCUCAGUUCUUUAAAGACGGUGCUUUGAUCGGAUCUGGACCUGCAGGUCACAUGACUAUCCACCAUGUUUCCAAGGAAGACGAAGGCGUCUACAAAUGCAGCAUCCAAGAACAUGGAGAGUCUCCACUGAGCUGGCUGCUGGUAGAAGAUGGGUAUGAAUCGGCAUCCCUCACGGUUACUCCGGGGUCGUCUCAGAUGUUCGAGUACCAGUUUGUGGAUUUGCAUUGUGGCCCAAACAGCACCUUCCACGGAUGGACGGUCUACAGGUCCACGGCAUUAGUCAGCACCAUCUCCAGCUGUGGACAUCCGUGGGGGUCGGUCACGGCAUCGGGCUGCAUCCUGAAGACCGCCAAGCAGACCGACAGCGGCUACUACUGGUGUGAGUCUCUGACCAAACGGCGAAGCAACUCGCUCAACCUCACCAUGCAAGAUAAAGCGGUGAUCCUUGUGAGUCCUGUCCUCCCCGUGGUGAAGGGAGACAACGUGACGCUGAGCUGUCAUUCACGGUCUUCCACCAGCCUCCCAUCUGAUUUCUAUAAAGACGACGUCCUCAUCGGGACCAACUAUUCAGGUUCCAUGACCAUGUUACUCGUUUCUAAGUCAGAUGAAGGAAUCUACAGGUGUAAGAUCAGCGGUCAUGGAGAGUCUCCGUCCAGCUGGCUGUUUGUCAGAGGUCCAGAUGAAGGAGGUCCACAGGAAGUCCUGAGCAUUGUGACAGUGAUCCGCUGCCUGGUGGUGGGCUGUCCAUACGUCAUCUCCACCGUCCUCAUGGCGUCGUUAUACCGACACCAGCCCGCAGAAUCUGAGGCCACCCAAAGGAGAAACCUGCCCGUUUCCAUGGCGAUGUUUUCACGUGGACACGAAGAUGAAGAGUUGAACGAACAGUACGAUGAUGCCGUGGCUGCCGUCACCACCGAGCAUCAUUUCUGAAGCAGCCUUUGACUCAUUUGUAUGUUCCUUUUGUCUUUUGUUAAUAAAGUUUUUUUUAAUCAAA